AUGGUCCGCCUCAUAACCCACAACCUUCUCGCCUGCCAUGUAAAGAACUGCACCUCCAACAACUUUCCUCUACAAUUCAAGGAUGUGCAGCUGGAGAUUCGCGAGGCAGAGUUUAAUCCGGAAUUUUUGAAGGGGUUUUUGCCCAAGAUCGAGUGGAAGGCGUUGGUUGAUAGUGCGAGACAGUUGGGAAAUACUUCGUUGCCGAACGAACAACCGGAGAUGUUGGAUGAUGAUUUUUUGAAGAAUCUGCAUCAUGUUCUAUUGGAGAUCCACGUAGAAGAAGGCGCCAUGGUAUGCCCAAACUGUAAACACGAGUACCCAAUCUCGAGUGGGAUCCCCAACAUGCUGCUGGCCGAACACGAGAUUGCUUGA